CACUCUCAUGGCUUUCUUUUUUGAGGCUGUGUGCGCCAUUCGGUCUCUGUUCUCCAGCGAUGACUUUAACUACAACACAGAUGGCUACGAGGGAGACGGAGCAGAGGACGGCAAGUCCCAGGACGGCUCGGAGACGCUGCCCUACAUAGACGAAUCGCCCACCAUGUCGCCCCAGCUGUGCGCACCUCAAGGGCCCGAUGGAGAAACGGUGUCCCCCACACCACCAGAGGGCCUGCCGCCUGGGGGAGACAUAGAGAAAGGGCUGGAGAUGAAGAAGCUGGUGCUGUCUGGUUUCCUGGCCAGUGAGGAGAUCUACAUUAACCAACUGGAGGCCCUGCUGCUGCCCAUGCGGCCCCUGAAAGCCACGGCCACGACCUCCCAGCCCGUCCUGACCAUCCAGCAGAUAGAGACCAUCUUCUACAAAAUCCAGGACAUCUUCGAGAUCCACAAGGAGUUCUACGACGCCCUCUUACCCAGCAUCCAGCAGUGGGACGAGAAGGUUACUGUGGGGCAUUUGUUCCAGAAGCUGGCCAGCCAGCUGGGAGUGUACAAGGCCUUUGUGGACAACUACAAAGUUGCGCUGGAGACGGCGGAGAAAUGCAGCCAAGCCAACAGCCAGUUCCAGAAGAUAUCUGAGAACCUCAAAGUAAAAGGGCCUAAAGACUCCAAAGAAUGUACCACCACUAUUUCAAUGGAGGCUCUCCUCUACAAGCCGAUUGACCGCGUCACCAGAAGCACCCUGGUCCUUCAUGACUUGCUGAAACACACUCCCAAGGACCACCCGGACUUCCCCCUCCUGCAGGAUGCUCUGCGGAUAUCUCAGAACUUCCUCUCCUCCAUCAAUGAGGAGAUUGAUCCUCGCAGGACCGCUGUCACUACACCCAAGGGAGAGGCCCGUCAGCUGGUGAAGGAUGGAUUUCUGGUGGAGGUGUCAGAAAGCUCCAGGAAGCUACGGCACGUGUUCCUCUUCACUGAUCUGCUGCUCUGUGCCAAGAUGAAGAAGACAGCUGUAGGCCGCCACCAGCAGUAUGAGUGCAAGUGGUACAUCCCCCUGGCGGAUCUGACCUUCCAGACCCUGGACGAUUCCGACUCCUGCCCCAGCAUCCAAGUCCUGCCCGAGCACGAGAUCGAGGAGAUGAAGAUCAAGAUCUCCGUCUUAAAGAGCGAGAUCCAGAAAGAAAAGAAAGCGCCGAAGGGUCAGAGCCGCGUGGAGCGUCUGAGGAAGAAGAUGAAUGAGCAGGAAUCCUGGCUGCUCCUGCACUCCCCCACCAUCCCCUUCCGCAUCCACAACAAGCACGGAAAGAGCUACCUGUUCCUCCUGUCCUCUGACUAUGAGAGGUCAGAGUGGAGGGAAAGCAUCCAGAAACUCCAAAAGAAAGACCUCCAGGCGUGCGUAUUAAGCUCUGUAGAGCUCCAGGUCCUGACCAGCUCCUGUUUCAAACUCCGAACUGUCCACAACAUUCCCGUCACCAGUAACAAAGACGAUGAGGAGACUCCUGGCCUGUACGGCUUUCUGCAUGUGAUCGUCCACUCUGCCAAAGGAUUCAAGGAGUCAGCCAAUCUAUACUGCACCCUUGAAGUGGACUCGUACGGAUACUUUGUGAGCAAGGCCAAGACUCGAGUCUUCAGAGACACCGCAGAGCCUCAGUGGAACGAAGAGUUUGAGAUCGAGCUGGAGGGCUCCCAGUACCUGCGGAUCCUGUGCUACGAGAAGUGCUACGACAAAAGCAUGCUCAAUAAAGACGACAACGAGAUUGUUGACAAGAUCAUGGGCAAAGGGCAGGUCCAGGUAAGAGGACGGGCGUCACAGAAACAAACCAUGCACAAAGAGAGAUGUCUCCGUCCCUCUGGGGAAAUUUUCCAACAUGUGACUCACUUUAAUUAGCUGUCUAGCCUCUGCGCACAAUGAUGCGGUUUUGUCGCGGUGGCCUCUAAUGACGCUGGUUGGAUUAAUAGUCUGAAGCAGAGUUUAUUUAAGGGGGGUUUCCCCUGUCAUGUUGUGAGAAAUGUUUCUAUAAAAAUCCCUUUCAGGGUCUUGUUAACUCGAUACUGCCUACACAGUGGAAUCUGCGGUUUCUUGCUAUUGAGGAAAAAUGCUGUCCUCCGCUCAGCAUCAUUGUUUAGCUUUUACACAACAGCCUUACAGAGGUGUCAUAUUUCCAUCUUUCCAGAACUUCUUUGGAAAAUCUGUUGGGUCAAGUGAAGCCUGACUCCUGUCAGUUUCCUGCAAUUCAGUCAAAUUGCUGCUGUUGCAGUUUCCUCCUCUGCUGCCCUGUAAUCGAUACAGCUUCGCUUUAUGAAUUUGGGUCAGCUCUGAGGGUUCUUAAUGCUCUUAUCAUCAAUUAUUGUCCUCAUGUUUUUCUGAAGUGGCACUUUCUUUGCCAGAGGUGAGCUUGUAGCAGGUUAUUUCUGAGCCUGCUUCUGACAGACCAGAAGAUAUAAUAAAACAUUUCCGAGGCUUGUUUGUGGCUGCUGCACAUAGCGAAACAUUUGUAGUCGUAGGUAAAAGUAGUAUUACUGACAAGCUGCACUGGGAAUACAAAUCUCCUGUCUCAGAUAUGAAGAAAGUGGGGCAAAGAUGAAUCAGGCCUAUAUUGUUGCAUUUUAAAGGAAAAGAUGCAUCUCGGAAAUAUCUUAUGUUCUUUAGUUGGUAUGUUG